AUGCAUCUGCGCCUCCAAGACUUCAAAAGUGUAAUUGCAUACAAUUCAACACUUUUUCAAAUUGUCUCUCGUUUAAAACUAUGCGGUGAAACAGUUACUAAUGCUGAUCUUUUGGAUGAGACUUACUCCACCUUUCAUGCUUCAAACAUUUUGCUUCAACAACAAUAUCGUCAAAAGCAGUUUAAGAAAUAUUCAGAACUUAUCUCUUGCCUUCUAGUAGCUGAGCAGAACAAUGAGUUAUUACUCAAGAACCAUCAAAGUCACCCAGAAUGUUCAAUAGUUGCUCCAGAGAUGAACACUACAGAAAGUCGUGCCAAUGCUGCUGAAAGCCGUGGGAAAGAACAGAGACGUUCAUUAGGUCCUAAAAAGCCCGACUUCAAGAAGAAGGCUGGUAAUAAUUCCCAUUAUCAGAAGGGGAAGAAGAACGUGUUUCCAAAACACAAAGGCAAAAGCUCGCAAAGUCAUUCAAAGCACCAUGAAAGUGUUUGUCACCGUUGUGGUUCACCAGGGCACUGGGCAAAUGUUUGCCGUACUGCAAGGCACCUUGUUGACCUGUAUCAGGCGUCUAUUAAAGGAAAAGAAAAAAAGUCUAAAACCAAUUUUUCCCAAUAUGACAUACCAAUGGAUAUUGCCCAUCUUGAUAUUUCUGACUUCAAGAAUGAUGGAAAUGAGAUUGAAGACAUGGAUUCCUUCCUUAAGGAUUUCUGA